AUCUGAAAGAAUCAUACCCAUAGUCAGUAACACGUGUCAGACGUUACGCCUCCCAAAUGUAACGGUUUCUACUUGACUGACAGCUGUCGGCGAGCGAUCUUCUUUAUCGGCAUGCAGCUCCCUUUUGUGUUCCGCGGUAGUUUGUUUACGCUGCGGAAGCAAAAUACACUAAACUGCGAUAAUUUUAUAAGUUUUAAAGUUAAAUUACUGUCCCGUUCACUUGUGAGUCGAUGUAAAUUAUAAAGAUUACUUGGCGUGAUUCGUUCGUUGUCGUUUAUUACUGAGAAAUCCAACGCAAUGGGUACGAAUGCUCCGGAGGAAAACUUCGAUCAGGGAGAGUUUGACGAGGACGACUUGGGAGAGGUCCAGAUCGAGGCCACUGCCGGGCGGAAACGUUUGUUCAGCAAAGAGUUGCGAUGCAUGAUGUAUGGUUUCGGGGAUGAUCAGAAUCCCUACACGGAGAGUGUGGAUCUGCUGGAGGAUUUGGUCAUUGAAUUCAUUACCGAAAUGACCCACCGGGCGAUGGAGAUUGGACGGACCGGGCGCGUUCAGGUCGAAGACAUUAUCUUCCUGGUGCGGAAGGACGCACGGAAGUAUUCCAGGGUGAAGGAUCUGCUGACGAUGAACGAGGAACUGAAACGGGCUAGGAAGGCCUUCGACGAAAUCAAAUAUGUUGGCGCGGAAGCGAAGAUCAAGGAGAAGUGAAUGUGAAUUUUGGGCGAGUUUCUUCAAAUAAAUGACAAGCCGACAAAUGGCGAGGUUCUGCAUAAUAUAUUAAAUCUUUCAGAUCUAUAGUAAUGGGGAAUGUUUCUAAAAUUGUUACCCUUAAAGCUCAUCAUGACUAUUCUGAUGCUUUAGAUCACAUUCGCAACUGGUGCUAGUUGUCGGUUGGUCCACCUUUUCCAUAUUUGGUAAUACUUGAAUAGAGCUGACGAUGCUUUUGGCAUACUCCUUAAAAGACAGACA